AUGGCUCGACUAAACGAACCCCCCGUAUCUGCAGAUAGCAUCGACACAUUGCGCAGGAAGUUGUUGCGCCAGAAUAGAGAUCUCGCCAAAGCCAACGCCGUUCAUUUGGUCCGCAUUCGCAAUAUUGAAGCAGACUACGCCCGCUCACUCUCCGACAACCUUCGGCUAGAAAGUCGCGUCAUUGAGUUAGAGAAGGAACUUGAGAACAACAAUGCCAGACGAAUUGCCGACCACGCUUUGGACGUCAGGUCUAGGCUCGAAGCACAGCUUUUAGAAUGCAUGUCGGUCCUCGCCGGUCUCGGUCAAGAGCCUCCCACAAAACGACAUGCGAGCCCUAGGGGAAGGAGAUCCUCAAGAGCAAGCUUGCCGCAUCAAAGCCCGCCCCGAAGACGCCCACCACGCGAGUUGCUCAAGGAGACGGAGGGCCGAGUGCAGGACGAUGGCCGUCUGCCUACCAUUACUGAGAACAAGUCAUACACCAGAGCGACCAUGGACCGCGAACAGAUCCUGGCGCUUUGCUCUGAAGCCGCAGACACAACCGACACAAUAGACACAGCCGACGCGACCGAUUCUCCCGAGCUUGGCCCUCCACCUAUGUCUCGAUUUGUUGACGGUGAGGGUGUCGACAUUGGAUCCCCCAGUAGAUCAACGGAGCAGGUGGAACCAGAACCAGCCGUAUACAACUCCCCUGUAGCUUCACCUUCGCUAGCACCAAUGCCGUCACCAGCCCCGACAGCCAGGUCAAUAAACAAAACCGAAAAGGCCAUUCUCGUGCGUCCUGAUCCUGACCCCGCCAUCGAUGAUGCAGAGCCCGAGAAACCACGCCCCAAGGAGACCCCUAUCCUGCCUCCUGUCGUGCCUCCCACGGCUGCAAAGACUGGCUCGAAACGGAAAUAUAGUAUGGGCGAUGAAGUACUAAGGUCCGACCAAAAGGGGGCUGAACCGUCAAAGCCCAGAGACGGCACCGAUCGACCAACUAUUGGACGCGAGCGCCAAGGCGGGAAGACCCUGAAAGAACUGGCCAACAUACGCCGCGAGGCGAGGGAGCGUAUGAUUGCGCCAGUGAAUCCCAGGAAACCUCUUUCAGCCAAAAGCACGAACGAUGAUGUAACAUCUCCAACCAAGAAUCCGAAGGGUGUCACGGGUGAGAGCAAAGUUGUAGUGGAGAAGCCGAAAUCUCGUGCUGCAAGAGAACGGGCAGCGCAGAAAAUCAGGGAAGCCGAGAUUGAGGCAGAUGUUGGGCCUUCCCCUAUUGAAGUGCCUGUUGGACCUCCAUCGCCACCGCCACCAGUCGUUGACGUUCUUCCGAGCACAGAAAAUGUUCCUACGGAAGCUUCUCUGCUCUCGCCAGCUUCUCCUGAGCCGACAUCCAGGAUGAGCCUUUCCAGUGUCAGAGAUACGCCACCUCCUGCCGACAUAUCUUCCCAUGGUGAAACAUCACGACCGAGCAGAAGGUCUCGUGCCGCUGUCAGCUACGCAGAACCGAAUUUGCGCGACAAAAUGAGACGCCCUACAAAAGAGCUCCAUGAUGCUGUAUCUGGACAGACAAAAUAUCUGCAGCGCAGUGGAAGCGCCAGGUCGGAUAGCGCUACUCCGGAAGGAAUGGUCAUGAUUAAACGCGAAUCUAGUAAUGGCGACGCGUGGAGGGAAAUUCCGCCCGCUAGCUCAAACUCAAUGGGCUCACCGCAGCGCAUCGCGAAUCUCGCCGAGCUAACCGACAAUGCCCCGUCCAUACAACCACCAAUCAGCACAACAAAGCCAGACCGUAAAAAGAGAACGUCGUCAAUGAUGUCGAAAUCGAUAUCCGAAAUGGAAGAGGAAAGAUCUGUCCGACAAGCCCAAGACAAUUCUCCGGAUAGAGCUAUCAGUGGUCGGCCUACUCCAUCACCCGAUAGGGAGGUGGAUCCUUACGAGUUCACCAGCUCAACACCAGGCAGCGAUAGCUCCCAUGUCAUUGAGUCGAAAGAGAACGUCAUGUCAGCGCGCCAAUCUAAGUCUUCAAGGCGACUUUCAUCAGUCAUGAAGGAGGAUUUCAAGCUUGACGGCAUGGAAACUACCGAGCGGUCUAAAGCUAGUGGAUCCAGAAAGAGGGCAUCAAUGGUUUUACCGAAGCGGUCUCGAGCAGACGUGGAAGGCGCCGAAGAUAGCAGCUUCGAGAGUGUCGACAACGGCGAUAUUCAAGACGCAGGGUCGAGGGUCUCAAUGAGAAGGCGGAGAAGCAUGAUGUUAUAA